GUAUUUCCGGUCCCGAGUGCCGACUCAGUCGCCGGGGACGGGCUUCUCUGGCUGGCUAACUCAGCUGCCCUGGAGGAUUCGUGCGCGCUUGAUAAAGUACCGCUGAUGAAAUCAUGACCAGGUGGGCCCGAGUUACUACCACUCAUAACAAGAGACCUUUGGCUGCAACAUCAUGGGAGGACAUGAAGAAGGGAUCCUUUGAGGGAGAAAGCCAAAAUCUACCAAAGAGUAAACAACUUGAAGCCAAAAGGCUCUCCGUUAAAAAUGAUGCUCCCCAAGCAAAACACAAAAAGAACAAAAAGAAAAAGGAGUACUUAAAUGAAGAUGUAAAUGGAUUCAUGGAAUACCUAAGACAAAACUCACAGAGAGUUCAUAAUGGAGAGAUGAUAGCAGCAGACAGUGAGGAGGUAAGGGAAGAAAUUACAGUUGCUUUAAAGAAGGAUAGUCGACGGGAAGGAAGAAGACUAAAAAGACAAGCAGCAAAGAAAAAUGCAAUGGUAUGUUUCCAUUGUAGAAAACCUGGCCAUGGGAUUGCAGAUUGCCCAGCUGCCCUUGAGAAUCAAGAUAUGGGAACUGGAAUAUGUUAUCGGUGUGGGUCCACAGAGCAUGAAAUAACCAAGUGCAAAGCCAAAGUAGACCCAGCUCUUGGUGAAUUUCCUUUUGCAAAAUGUUUUGUUUGUGGGGAAAUGGGGCAUCUAUCCAGAUCCUGUCCUGAUAAUCCCAAAGGACUCUAUGCUGAUGGUGGUUGCUGCAGACUCUGUGGCUCUGUGGACCAUUUUAAGAAAGAUUGCCCUGAGAGCCAGAAUUCAGAUCGAAUGGUCACGGUUGGUCGCUUGGCAAAGGGAAUGAGCGCCGACUAUGAAGAAAUUUUGGAUGUACCUAAACCACAAAAACCCAAGACAAAGAUACCUAAAGUUGUUAAUUUCUGAUAAUGAUUAGUACUGUCAUUAGUUACCACCUCAUUGUUAAAUAUUCUGAACUGGGCCUACUUGGCAAAUUGGAGCUGGGCUCCCUUGGAGACCUGUGUUGUAGAUACCAGUAUGAUCAGGGAAUGGUCGCAUAGUUUCCUGAGUGCUGUCCAUUAAAGAGUGCUUUUAUCACUGGAGAAAAUCACUGGAGAAGUAGAAGACGUUAGAAUUGGAUUCUCUAAAAGAACAUUUUUAACAGAACUUAGGUAUAACUAAGUGGUUAUAUGCUUGAUUGUAACAAUCAUCUUUUUCUUAAAAACUAUGUAUUAAUGUGAACCACCCCUACAUAAAGUUUUACUGCUUGGCAUUCGGAAUUGAA